AUGGCGUCCCCGAAUUCUCUCUCCACCGCCCAUGCGACAGCUCUGCAUCAACAACAGUACCGACAGAUGUCCCGCGCCUCCGUCUCUCGCUCCGGGUCCAGGCGCUCCUCACCUGAAAUCCAUCACCCCGUUGCUCUCCGGAGCAGCGCUGCAUUGAUAUCCAAGCAGUAUUCCGCCGGCGACAGCUCCGAUGACGAAGUGCCGGAACCGAAAUUCAGCGCGUCUGUCAAAGCGCUUCUUGACGAGGACGAUGGGAAGUCUUCGCCCCGCCUACGAAACAGGGGCCUAAACGAAUAUCGAUCCAAUAUGCGCGUGGGAUCGGCUUCGUCAAGCAAUGAAAGGCGCUCCCGUACCACCUCACCGCUUGAUCAAUCGAACGGAAGCCCGGCUCCGCGGGUUGUCCGCUUAGGAUCUGUUCUAGGAAGCGGCUCGAGGUCACGAAGAGAAGGAUCACACUUAUCUAGUGGUGAGAAUGCGGAGGUGGAAGCGGAGCCAAAACAGUACUCGGCUGAUUUCAUCACACCGGGCCCUCGGACGCGCAGUGUUCGGAUCAAUGCGUCGCGUAGUCACACCCGAUCUCCUGCGUCCGGAUCACCGUCCGAGAGGCGAUCUGCCAGUCAAAGCCCUCUGCACGAGCAAUCAAGCGCUGAUCGCGCUGAAGAUGAGGGAAGAUCUAGAUACGAUGACUACGUCCCAGGCAUUGGAGCGUCCUCUGUGCUUCGUUCUCGCAACCCCGAAGACAUUGGUGUUCAGAGCUCCCUGCGAGUUAAAAGGGUCGGCAGGCUGACGGGAACAUUCCUCAAUGGCCCUGCGAGACGUGGUGUGCUGCGACGUCAGAGUGAGGAGAACCAGUCUCCCAGUUAUCUCUCCGACUCCAAGGAAGCAGAAGGCGGCGACAACAAUGAAUAUAAAUAUAAAAGCAGCGUACGAGCAUCAUCCCCCAAAGUUUCAUGGGCAGAACCCGAACCACCACAGAAGAGCACAGACUCCCGGCGCAUCUCGUCCGGUGACGGGCCAUUUUCAGGAUCCUCCUCGCCUAGAACAUAUGCCUCACACUCCAAAUCAACCCCAGGAUCAUCAUCUGAUGCGUCCUCAAAACCUUCAGGCUCGAAAGAGCCCAUCUUCAAAGUACCCCCUCCCCCGACAUUGCCAUCUGCCCGUGACCAAGAGAAUGAACCUCCACCGACGUUUAAGCGAACCAAGCCACAGGGAUUCAAUUUUCUGGACAAGCCAGAGAAGCUCUCGGUGGUCUACGGCGAUGAGAAGAAGGAUCAGGAGCUUCCAGCAGGCACUACCCCAAGGAAGAUUCUGUCUAACCGAAGCAACAACACUCCCCACAGACCGGCGCCUCCUCCUCCGAAGAUGUCCGUACUGGAAACUGCCACGGCAACUGGCGGCGCGGCCACCGCUUCUCAGUCGCGCAAGAAACGUAGCCAGGUCUCUAUCAACCACAAGCCGUUCACCCGCUUGGAUUGCAUUGGCCGUGGUGGUAGCUCGCGAGUCUACCGAGUGAUGGCGGAGAACUAUAAGAUCUUUGCUCUGAAGCGAGUAAACCUGGAGGAUGUUGAUCCGACCACCUUGGCUGGCUACAAAGGAGAAAUUGAUCUUCUCAAGAAGCUGGAAAACAUCGAUCGUGUCGUGCGGUUGUUUGACUGGGAAUUGAAUUCGGAUAAGCACACUCUCAGCGUGCUCAUGGAAAUUGGAGAGUCGGACCUGGAGAAGGUUCUGACGUAUAAGCUGAAUGCAGAGGAUGCCACCCUGGACAUCAACUUUACGCGUUUCUACUGGAAGGAGAUGCUGGAGUGUGUCCAGGCGGUUCACGAGCACAACAUUGUUCAUUCCGACUUGAAACCCGCGAACUUCCUUCUUGUCCAGGGAAGACUGAAACUGAUCGACUUCGGAAUUGCCAACGCUAUCCAAGACAACACUGUCAAUGUACACCGUGAGCAGCAGGUCGGAACACCGAACUACAUGUCUCCUGAGGCACUGGUCGACUCAAAUGCCUCUCUGGGGUUACCAGCAAGUGUUGGAAAAGUGAUGAAGCUCGGCAAGCCGAGUGAUGUAUGGAGUCUGGGUUGUAUCCUGUACAAGAUGGUCUACGGGCAUCCUCCGUUUGCGAAGAUUGCGAAAUACUACGAGCGCAUCAUGGCAAUUCCGAAUCCUAAAGUGAAGAUCGACUUCCCAGCUUUUGGUGUUGGCGGCAUCCAGGUUCCACCAGGUCUUAUUCGGACUCUGAAAGGAUGUCUGCAGCGUGAUCAGACACUACGACCAACCAUCAGCGACCUUUUGGGUCAACGGGACCCAUUCCUGUAUCCCGACGCGCAGCUCGAGGGCGCCGUUCCCAUCACUCAGGACGUCUUGGGCAGAAUUCUGGUCAACGUCGUUAACCACUGCCGAGUCCGCGGCGUGCCCAACGACGAAGAACUCGCUGCCUGGCCAGCGGGCUUUUUUGCAAAGAUCAAAGCAGCUUUGGAAGAGAAUCCAUAA